UAUGUAUAUUUUUAAUUUCUAUUUUGAGAUUGUAGAUCCAAAUGCAGUUGUAAGAAAUAAUACACAGACAGCCCAUGGGCCCUUCACCCAGUUUCCCCCCAUGCUGACACGAUGGCAACCAGGACAUUGACAUUGAUACAAUCCACCCACCUUACUCAGAUUUCACCAGUUUUAUAUGCGCUCAUUAGUAUGUGUGUGUGCGAGCGUGGGGUGUACACUUUAUAUAAUAUUUCUGAAAGUGGCUUUUCCCUCGCAAUGGAGACUGGGAAGGGGUCCAGUCUGAUCCAUCCCUGCCACGGAGUUGGCUCCGGCAGACAGCAGUCUCUGCUUGUAUUCGUCUCUUGCACACAGUAGGUGGCCAACGACCGUCCACGUAAACCCUUGAACUUGUCAUGUCAGGGCGCGUUCAGGAGGGGAGCGCCACACACUGUAAGGAAGAAAACUGAGACUGAAGUGCCCAGUAUUUUGGAAGCGAAAAUCAAACAAACAAAAAACUUGACGAUUUCACCCCCGAAUUGUGAAUUAGCUAGCUGGCUAAUUGCUCCAAAGCGAUCCUGGGGCCGGCACUAGCUGCGAACGCCGAAAAGCGCUGUUUCUGAGCCCCGCUUCCGGCUCUGCAGGUGGGGUAGGGGACGCGGGAGCUCCUUCCAUCCCUACCCCCGCGUUCACCCCUUUCUUCCCUGGGGCUGGACUGUUUCACCCCGUCUCCAGGCAACGGCCAGGCGCACCGGGCGGGACGUCAUUUCCUGAGGAGCCCGGGGGGAGGGGGCGGGCAGGAGGAGGGGCGAGGGGGCGGGGCCCGGGCCGGGCUGGCAACGCGACGGCGUCGGAACUCGCUGGAAGACUCGGCCCGGGCGGCUCAACAGUUCGCAAAGUCCAGGCUCGCGGCCGCGCGGCGCAGGGGCGCGGAGGCUCCCCGGGCGGCUGCAUCCCGGGGCUGCCCCGGGCAUGCCCCGCACCCCUUGCCGGACGCCCGCGCGGCUUCACCGACUGCGACUCCCCGGACUGCUCUGGGACUAGAGCGCCCUCCGUCCCAACUUCUGACUUUGGGGUCCCCCAGCCCUAGAGGAACGGGCGGCCCGGCUGGGGGAGCCCCGGGCAUGGUGUGACGGGGCGGUCAGGUCAGCUUUGCGGCGCCUCCGGUCUCCAGCCACCCGUCGUCUCCGUGCCCUCCGGAAUGUAGCUGCUCACUCCGCGCCCCCCGGACUCCAGCCGCAGUCUCCGCCACCUCUGGGCUCCAGCAGCCAACUCUUGUGUCUUUCAGGAACUCGCCGACGUCUCCGCGUCCCCUGGAUUCCAGGUUCGCGACCCCCGCCGUCUUCGCGCCUCCGGGACUCUAGCAGCGGUCUCCGCGACUUCCUGGGAUCCAGCCACUGUACCUGUGCUCCACAAACCCAGGCUCCAGCCGUCGUCUCCGUGCUGCCGGAGAUCCAGCUGUCGCGCCAGUACCCGCGAGGACAGCGACACCCCCCACACCCCGCGCGCCCAGAGCCCGGCCGGGCUUUGGCGUGGAGAUGAACGCGCCGCUGGACGGCCUGUCGGUGAGCUCGUCCUCCACCGGCUCGCUGGGGUCGGCGGCCGGGGCGGGCGGCGGCGGGGGCUCGGGGCUGCGACUGCUCUCUGCCAACGUGCGCCAGCUGCACCAGGCGCUGACCGCGCUGCUGAGCGAGGCGGAGCGGGAGCAGUUCACGCAUUGCCUGAACGCUUACCACGCGCGCCGCAACGUCUUCGACCUGGUGCGCACCCUGCGCGUGCUGCUGGACAGCCCGGUCAAGCGGCGCCUGCUGCCCAUGCUUCGUCUGGUCAUCCCGCGCUCCGACCAGCUGCUCUUCGACCAAUACACAGCCGAGGGCCUCUACCUGCCCGCCACCACCCCCUACAGGCAGCCCGCCUGGGGCGGCCCCGACGGCGCGGGGCCCGGGGAGGUGCGCCUGGUGAGUUUGCGGCGUGCCAAGGCCCACGAGGGCUUGGGCUUCAGCAUCCGUGGGGGCUCGGAGCACGGCGUGGGCAUCUACGUGUCUCUGGUGGAACCAGGCUCUCUAGCUGAGAAGGAAGGACUGCGGGUCGGGGACCAGAUUCUGCGAGUCAACGACAAAUCCCUGGCCCGGGUGACCCACGCGGAGGCCGUCAAGGCUCUGAAGGGCUCCAAGAAACUGGUGCUGUCUGUGUACUCAGCAGGGCGCAUCCCUGGGGGCUACGUCACCAACCACAUCUACACCUGGGUGGACCCGCAGGGCCGCAGCAUCUCCCCGCCCUCGGGCCUGCCCCAGCCCCACGGCGGUGCCCUGAGGCAGCAGGAGGGUGACCGGAGGAGCACCCUGCACCUCCUGCAAGGAGGGGAUGAGAAAAAGGUGAACCUGGUGCUGGGGGACGGCCGGUCCCUCGGCCUCACGAUCCGUGGGGGAGCUGAGUACGGCCUUGGCAUUUACAUCACUGGCGUGGACCCAGGCUCUGAAGCAGAAGGCAGCGGGCUCAAGGUUGGGGACCAGAUUCUGGAAGUGAAUGGGUGGAGCUUUCUCAACAUCCUACACGACGAGGCGGUCAGGCUGCUUAAGUCAUCUCGGCACCUCAUGCUGACAGUGAAGGACGUCGGGAGGCUGCCCCACGCCCGCACCACUGUGGACGAGACCAAGUGGAUCGCCAGUUCCCGGAUCGGGGAGACCAUGGCAAACUCGGCAGGGUUUCUUGGCGAUCUCACAACAGAAGGAAUAAACAAGCCAGGAUUUUACAAGGGCCCAGCCGGCUCCCAGGUGACCCUGAGCAGCCUGGGGAACCAGACACGCGUGCUGCUGGAGGAGCAGGCUCGGCACCUGCUGAACGAGCAGGAGCGCGCCACCAUGGCCUACUACCUGGAUGAGUACCGUGGCGGCAGCGUCUCCGUGGAGGCCCUCGUCAUGGCCCUGUUCGAGCUGCUCAACACCCAUGCCAAGUUCUCACUCCUCUCUGAGGUGAGAGGCACCAUUUCCCCGCAAGACCUAGAACGCUUCGACCACCUGAUGCUGAGGCGUGAGAUUGAGUCCAUGAAGGCGCGGCAGCCCCCAGGCCCCGGGGCUGGGGACACCUACUCCAUGGUCUCCUACAGUGACACGGGUUCAUCCACAGGCAGCCACGGCACCUCCACCACCGUCAGCUCGGCCAGGGAGCGGCUGCUGUGGCUUAUAGACCUGAUGGAGAACACUCUGGACCUGGAGGAAACCGGCGAGGCUGUCCAUAGCAGUGUCAAUGCCCUCCCAGACGUGUCCGUGGAUGAUGUCAGAUCCACCUCCGAGGGGCUGUCAAGCUUCAAGCCACUGCCUCCCCCACCACCUCUGGCCCAAGGCAACGACCGCCCACUAGGCCAGCCAGGGAAGCUGGGGAGAGAGGACCUCCAGCUGCCUUCCUCCACGCCUUCCUGCUCUGGCACUGUCUUCUCAGCUCCACAGAACCGUAGCCCGCCGGCGGGCACCGCACUCACCCCAGGGACCUCCUCUGCCCAGGACUCGCCCUCCUCCCCCGUCUAUGCCUCCGUUUCCCCUGCCAACCCCAGCUCCAAGAGGCUGCUGGAUGCCCAUCUGGCCCUGGUCAACCAACACCCCAUCGGCCCCUUCCCGCGGGUCCAGUCACCCCCGCACCUGAAAAGCCCCUCUGCAGAGGCCACAGUGGCUGGGGACUGCCUUCCACCGCCAUCGCCCUCUGGCCACCCGGACCAGACAGGCACAAACCAGCACUUUGUCAUGGUGGAGGUCCACCGCCCCGACAGCGAGCCAGACGUCAAUGAAGUGAGGGCACUGCCGCAGACGCGCACAGCCUCUACGCUCUCCCAGCUUUCAGACAGCGGGCAGACUCUAAGCGAGGACAGUGGUGUGGAUGCUGGCGAGGCAGAGGCCAGUGCCCCAGGCCGAGGCAGGCAGUCGGCGUCCACCAAGAGCAGGAGUAGCAGGGAGCUGCCUCGGAACGAGAGGUCCACAGACGGGGCCAACAAACCGCCUGGACUCCUGGAGCCCACGUCCACUCUGGUCCGUGUGAAGAAAAGUGCGGCCACCCUGGGCAUUGCCAUCGAGGGUGGCGCCAACACCCGCCAGCCCCUGCCUAGGAUUGUCACUAUUCAGAGAGGCGGCUCAGCUCACAACUGUGGGCAGCUCAAGGUGGGCCACGUGAUCCUGGAAGUGAAUGGGCUGACGCUUCGGGGCAAGGAGCACCGGGAGGCCGCCCGCAUUAUCGCCGAGGCCUUCAAGACCAAGGACCGUGACUACAUCGACUUUCUGGUCACUGAGUUCAAUGUGAUGCUCUAGAGGCCAAGGCCUGAGGGCCUCCCACCACUACCCAGCCCCUGGUUCCAGUCCCUUCCCACCGUUGGCUUCAUCAAGCUCCUUGCCGGGUUGGGGCUGCACGGCCAGGGUAGCAGGAAGACAUCCCCCCUCCAUCCCAGCCCACUGGACCAGAACUGGGAGAGGAAGAGAGCAGGGCAAGGCAAAUAGAAGGUCAGGUCAGGAACUGGUGCUGUACUGGGUACACAGUAGGCGCCCAAGACAAGUGGGUUGCAAGACAGGAAGAAAGGAAAAGGAAGGGCAGAGUGCUGGUUUCUCCAGGUUGGGUUGGGGGCACUACUGUCCCCCCUCCAGUUAGGACCCAGCCCAUCCCCAGAUGCCUGAGCCUUUGUCCAAAGUGAAGUCACUUGAGAGUUCGUGGACACGGCCCCCAACCAGGGGGAGUCUUGCAGGACCUUUAGUGCCACAAAUAAGCAUCGAGCACCUCCCCAUUCACACCCCCAUUCCUCCUGGCUCCUUAUCCCCCGUGGUAUUUAUUAUUUAUUUCCCUCCCCAUGCCCCUGGGGACCCCAAGGCCCCAGCUUCCCUCUGCACCCCCAGCCUAUCCCAGAGGCCUUGCAGGUGACCAGCAGUGUCAUUGUAUUUAUAUACAGAGCUUAUGACUUUAAUUUUUCAAUAAAGAAAUCUGAACAAGGUUA